AUGGCUACCGAAGCGAACGCCACCGAGACCGCGCAGCUGACGCGGGAGAAGCUGGAGGCCCAAGUCAAGUCUGCAGACAUGACAGAAGAGAUGCAGGCGGAGGCGGUCGAAGUUGCCCAAGAAGCGAUGGCCAAGUUCACCGUCGAGAAGGACAUUGCCAAGCACAUCAAGAAGACUUUUGACGACCGCAAGGGACCGACUUGGCACUGCAUCGUGGGCCGCAACUUUGGCAGCUUUGUGACGCACGAAACGAAGCACUUUGUGUACUUUUACCUCGGCCACUGCGCGAUCCUGCUCUUCAAGACGCAGUAG